AUGACCAAGGUGCAGCUGAAGGUUGGUGCCUGCCUCCACCUGUACCUGUACAGAGACAGGGGUGUUGGAAUCUGUUUUCCAGGUGUCUCAGCCCAGUCCUUCCUUCACUGCUUUACUCUGGCCAGCUCUGCUUUUAACCUGCAAGUUGCAACUCCUGGGGGGAAGUCAAUUGAUUUCGUGGAUGUGAACGAGGGCAACAUGCGCUGGAUCCAGGACUUCCGAAUGAAAUCCUACGCCAACCCCGCCAAGCUGGAGUCCAUUGAUGGGGCUCGGUACCACGCCUUGCUGAUCCCAAACUGCCCUGGGGCUGUGACUGACCUUGCCAACAGCGGGUACCUGGCCAAGAUACUGCAGCACUUCAGCACUGAGAGCAAGCCCAUCUGUGCUGUUGGACACGGAGUGGCAGCUUUGUGUUGUGCCACCAAUGAGGACAAAUCCUGGGUUUUUCAGGGGUACAGCCUGACAGGGCCCUCUGUAUAUGAACUGGUGAGGGAGCCAAACUUUGCCAGUUUGUCCAUUAUUGUGGAGGAUUUUGUGAAGGAUUCUGGAGCUACAUUCAGUGCCAGCAGCCCCGACGCUGUUCAUGUCGUGCUGGACAGGCACCUGGUGACGGGGCAGAACGAGAAUUCCACCCUCCCUGCCGUCCAGAACCUCCUGAUUCUCUGCAAUGUCAGGGCCAUGUGUGUUACAAGUCCUGUGCUGGCUGUGGACUAAUGGGUCGUGUCGUGUCUGGCUGUGUUCCC